AUGGCAAUCACACUGUACACCUGGCCCACUCCCAACGGCGUGAAGAUCUCCGUCGCUCUCGAACUGCUCAAGCUGCCAUACAAGGUGGUUUCCAUCGAUAUCAAAAAUGGCGAGCAGCACACCCCCGAGUUUCGAAAGGUGUCUUUGAACGGCCGAAUUCCCGCCAUCACCGAUACCGAGGGUCCCGGGGCUACCUCUUCUGCUCCGUUUGCCAUCUUCGAGUCUGGCGCCAUUCUGCAGUACCUGGUGUCCAAGUACGACAAAGACCACAAAAUCUCCUAUCCUGAGGGCACCCUGGACUAUUACAAGUCAAUUGAGUGGCUGUUUUUCCAGAACGCAGGCGUUGGACCCAUGCAGGGCCAAGCCAACCACUUCAAGAUCUAUGCCCCCGAAAAAAUUGAGUAUGGCAUCAAGCGUUAUACCGACGAGACCAAGCGUCUAUAUGGCGUCUUGGACACCCGUCUGAAGGAGAACGGCACUGGAUAUCUUGCCGGUGACCACAUCUCCAUUGCCGACAUUACUCUUGUUGGCUGGGUGCAGCGUUCGGAAGCCAUUGGUAUUGACUUGAGCGAGUUCCCUGAGUUGGACAAGUGGCUGACUCGACUGCUGUCAAUUCCAGAGGUCAAGAAGGGCUUCAAUGUUCCCAUUGACUAUCCCAACUUUACCGAGGCUCAGAAGAAGUUGUAA